AUGAAUUUGUCGAUCUGCUUUCCCCCCUUAGGCUGGGUCACCCAAGAGGGAGGCUCUGGCACCCAGGGCUCCUCUGAGGGAAUCCCAUCCACUCAGGUUUCUAUCCUUAGCCCCACUUUUUGUCACCCCGCCUGCAACUUCUUCAUCACCUUGAGUCUCCACCAGAAAACUACUCUUCAAAACCUUCCUUCCAGGCCCAGCGCAGCCUGGAGCGCGCAGUGUUCAGGGAAGAAGCGGGGCCCAGAACCACUCUGCCCCUGUGAAAAAGCAAAGCGGCAGCUCCUGCGUUGGCCCGGGAGGUGGGAGGAGAGUCGCCACGCCCAGAGCCCCGCCCCGCCCCGCCGGCCGGCUCCGCCCCGCGCAGCGCGCGACGCCCCCUCAGGCCCGCUCCGGCGCCCUAUUUGGUCAUUCGGGGUGCUGGAGACGGCUGGGGAGUCGUGCGCGGCGGAAAAGGACGCGGGGUGGGCUCGGGUGCGCAGAAGGGACGCUUUCGUCGCUGCCGUCGCUCCCGGCGCGUUUGGGACCCACGAAGCCGCCGCAUCCUGCCCCGGAACAAUGGGACUCGGCGCUCGAGGUGCUUGGGCCGCGCUGCUCCUGGGGGCGCUGCAGGUGCUGGCUGUGCCCGGGGCCGACGCGGACAGCGCAGGUCCGGGGGAAUCUCUUGAUGUAAGGAAUCCUGUGCUUCUGCAAAACUCCAGUGCUAACUCCCCAGCAGAGAGUAUGCAAAACGUGCAUCACAACUCUACAUCUGAAUCUAACAGCAGCACCACUGUGAAACCAUCACCAACUUCAUUUUCCUUGGUCUCAAACAAUGUGACAGAUGUCACCUUCAAAACCGUAACGACUUCUAAAAUGGCAACACCAGGGUCCUCAACAAAUACAACUUCUAGCACUUCAAAGUCUACACCCAAAGCAACAAGUAUUUCACAAAACGUAUCCCAGAUGUCAACAUCCACGAUGACCACAACUCAUAAUGGUUUAGUGACAUCAUUAACAACACCUAGUCAUUUAAAUGGAAAAAUAUCAAAAUUUGACACUGGCAGCUUUGUUGGUGGUAUUGUAUUAACACUGGGAGUUCUAUCUAUUCUUUACAUUGGUUGCAAAAUCUAUUAUUCAAGAAGAGGCAUCCGAUAUAGAACCAUUGAUGAACACGAUGCCAUCAUUUAAGGAAAUACAAGGACCAAGAAAAGAAGAAACAUUGAUGCAGCCCUAGUCUAUUCAUUUUUUCUUUUUUUUUUUUUUUUACUACUUUAAAACAAUAUUCUCUUGAAAAUAGUAUAAUUGGGUCAUGCAUAUAAUGUACAGUAUGUUACAUAAAUAUGCAUAGAUUUAAAAGGACUUGGUUAGAUAUUUAAAUAUGUGGAAUUUAGAGAUAAUUUAUACAAUGAUCAUUCUCACUUUUAGCAAAUACAUAGUAAGACGAGUCCUAUCACAUUUUUUGUGGCAUUGGUCACAUGGGACCAGUAAUUGAAAGACAACAUCACUAAAGGGCAGGCUGCCAUCUGGGUGUACAAAUAAGGAGCUUGUCACAGCACUCAAGAUCCUGAGUGCCUUUGUUGCUCACACAAAGAACUUCAGUGCUUUUCAGGGCUGGAGAUAUCCUAAUUACUGAUGCCACACAGCAGAAAUUAUGCAACUGAGUAAACCAGGUCUAAAGCAUAAUUUAAGGAAGCAUCAACAUUUUGUUUCAUAGUAGUUAAUCUAGAAACAAUACAUAUUCCCCAAAAAAUAGAAUCUUUCAACUAAAACCUGAAACACUAUUGGAGAUAUAUUGGAGAGCAUGUAUUUUUAUUAAUAAUUUCUUUUUGAGCUUUCAGUGUUAGUUCGAUAUAAUCUUUUUUCUCUGUGUAAUUUAGGCAAAUGCAGUGUUUAACAUGUUUUUAAAAACUCAGUUGUAAGACUAGCUUUAUAGGAAAACUAGAUUAUUUGCUACUGUGAGAAUAUUGUCACCACUGGAAAUUGCUUUUCAUAUUCACUUGAUUUUAUAUUUAGUGACUAUUUUUGAAGAAAUGUAGAGCUGCUUUCAAUACCUAGAAAUUUUUAAUGGAAUGUGAAAACAUUUAACAUUUAUAAAGCCCCAUUUUUAAUUUUACUUUCAAAAAAAUAUUUAGAACCCUAUAUUGUCAAAACUGUAAAUUAAUGCUGUGUGUAUUAAACCAGGGAUUGUGGGGCUCUCCACAGGCUACUAAACCUGCAGGAUGAAAGUGCUGCAUUUUCAUACACUGUUGACUUGACUCAUGUUUGGGGAAAUGACAUUUUUAUACUUAAGUACAUUGUUGGAGUGAAUUCUUAUUUUAGUCAGGAAAUUUCCUGCUUCCUUUUUUGGGUGUUCCCCUAGACAACUCCUCUUACUCCACUGUUUAAGGAGAGUUACUUUCAGAUGCACUAUGUUAAUGUAGAGAAAAAAGCACAGUGUUUUUUUAAAAAAAAAAAUUACACAUUAUAUUUUGGAGUGUUUUUAGUUUUACAGUUUUAUAUUCCAGCACUCAAACUCAGGGUGAACUUUUAACAAGUUAUUUAGUCACUAAAUACUAAGAUAAUAUUUCCAUCUUAGAGGGCCAAAGUAAAUCGCAUCAAUUUCUGAAAGCCUAAAAAUCUAAGAUUUCCUAAUAAACAUGCACCUAUAUUUAAUUGGAAUAAAAAGUAACUUUUGUCAAGAACUUUUGGUUUGCAGAGAAUGACAAUGUCAAGAAUCAUGUCUAUUUACUGUGCAUUUUGGCCAACUAAUGUGAUAUGGAUAAAAAUGAUCCAAAAUAUGGAUAUUAUUGGAUCUACAUAACACAUGCAAUAUGGAGGAAAUUUUAUGAAACAUAUGGUUAGAUUAGUUUGAACUGUGGGCUGAUGGGUAAGUUGUAUGUUAUUAAUAGGCCUUAAUUGGUUGUGCACAACACUGCAUUCAUAUCUUUGCAACAUAUUAUAGUUAAAUACUUUAUAGUGAUGAGGGCCUUUUCAGUUGAACUUGUUUUAUCUCCUGCAUUUUUGAUAUUUCAGUACCAGUCUGAAGUUUUUCUUGAAUACUUACUUCUUUAGCACUUUGAAGAUAGAAAACCACUUUUAAAAUACUCUUUAAACUUUGCCUUGAGAGUUUACUCUGCUUUUUAGGUUGGAAAGUGUAGUUAUGUUCUUUCUCUGUAUGUAAGCAGUAUAAUUUGUUACCUUCAAAUAUCAGUACUUUCAGUAAAACUUUGGUUUUUUUUAAUCUGCAGAAAUUGAAAAAAAUCAAUGAUACAAAACAAUAUUACUUUGGAAUACAUUUCAAGAAGCAAAUUUAUCUUCUGUUAAGCAAAUGUUUGACUUUCUUUGCAUUCCUUUAAAAUGUAUUUACUUAAAUGUUUAAAUAUCAGUCAGGCAGAAGCUGUUUGCCCAUGCUUUGAUUUCUAAAACCUCCUUGGAUGAUCCAUAAAAGGAAUAAUUCAGAUAGAAAGUUGGCAGUAUAUUACAGUAAUAAAAUUUGUAUUCUUGGAAGUUUUUUUUUUAAUUCCUGUUACCUUUUUUCCUUUUAUAAUGACCAGCUUUUGGUAUUUCAUUGUUACUGAGAUCUAUUUUUAGAAUAAAAUUUGUUCUCCAUUUAAAGUU